AAAUCUGUUUGCCGGCGAUUGGGUAGGUCUGCAGGGGAGGGCGGUGUGUCAGUGAGAAGCUCUCCGUUGCUUGCGGCCAGUCAACCUUGUCGAGUUGCUGUGUGUGUGUCGGUGUGCGAGUGCUUGACGGAACCAUGGGGGUGGAAGGUUGCAUGAAGUGCAUCAAAUACUUGCUGUUCGUCUUCAAUUUCCUAUUCUGGCUUGCAGGAGGAGUGGUUCUUGGUGUGGCUCUCUGGCUCAGACAUGAUCCUCAAACCACUCAAGUGCUGGAUACGCAGCUCGAAGAUAAGCCGGCUCCAAACACCUUCUUCAUAGGGGUGUACAUCCUGAUUGGCGUUGGAGCUGUGAUGAUGAUCGUCGGCUUUCUGGGUUGCUAUGGCGCCAUCCAGGAAUCUCAGUGCAUGCUGGGAACGUUCUUCAUCUGUCUGGUGGUGCUGUUCGCUUGUGAGGUUGCUGCCGGAAUCUGGGGAUUCGUGCACAAGGAUGAGGUGGCCAGUGAGCUCAAGAUGUUUUAUGACCAAGCCUCCACUGCUUAUCUAAUGCCGGACCGUAACCCAGAAAGGAAGGAUCAGGCUAAAACCGUGUUAGUGGCCUUGCACAAUGCGCUGGACUGUUGUGGAGCUGACUUUGCAAACAAGUUGCUCUCUGCCGAUCUCUGCCCCAAACAGAAGGGAAUAGGUGUUAUUGCAAAGGCCGACUGUGGUACACAGAUUAAGGAGCUGUUUACUGAGAAGCUGUACAUUAUUGGGAUCGCUGCCGUCAUCGUUGCAGUCAUCAUGAUCCUGGAGAUGAUUUUUAGCAUGGUACUGUGUUGCGGGAUCCGAAACAACUCUGUGUACUAGAGGGGCACCUCCUGCUGCCAUUUCACGGGACUCCCGGCAAGAGCAGCAGUUAGAAAAGCUUUGUAGUGGAAUAGAUCUUGUCAUAAAAUGCCCAAACUAAUCCUGUUUUCUGUUGUUGCCACUUGUCAUGCUCAAUUUUUAAAAUGUCUGUGUGUAUGUGUAUAUAUAUAUAUAUAAUGUUUUUUUUAUAUUAUAUAAAAACCAUCUCUCCUGGCAUUGACGGUUCAUCCCUGGUGUCAAAUGCAGCUUGUGCUGGAGAAAUUGGUGUGCAGACAAAAUCUGAUACCUUUCCUACCCACUCACCCAUCAGGUUUACAGCAAGCACAUCAUGUCCUCCAUCAAACAGUGCUUUGGAGCUUCUGCAAAGUUACCACAUUUGAAUUCAGAUGUUAAGGCAAUAAGUAACCGGACACCCAUUGUGCUGAUGGAGGGAGCUCGGUGCUCCUAUAGAUCUGAAGCCUUCGGGGUUUGUUUUGUUUGUGUGUUUCUCUUUAAAAAAAAAAAAAAAAUGUUUAGAAUCCAAAUUGACAGUGUAUCAGCCAACUGCGCCAGCUGUGACCCGUCCAUGCCCAAAGUUUGCAUUUAACAUGCAAACUUUCUAAGCGAUUGUACUGAUUUUAAAGAUUUAUCUAUCUUCCCAUUGUACUGCAGGUACCUUUUUAAAAGUAUACAUGUAUAAUAUAGCCAGUGCAGUGAGUAACUUAUAAUGGUAGGGGGAGGGGGAGCAGGCCACAGUACCUGGCCAGUUGCUUGCUUGGUUGUUUCUUGUGCAUCACUUGUUUCCACUUAAAUAAUAGUCUAACUGAACCAAAGAAAUACUGGGCUGUGCCCCCACCCCUCCCAAAUCCCCUGCUCUGCUGAAUUUUAACACCUUGUGUAUUGAUGUAAACUAAAAGAUUCCUCUGCCUGUAUAUUUUCAGGCAAUUUUUCUUUUUAUAUUUUUGGAUUUCCGCUACCUUGGCAUCUUUAUGCUUGAAGCCCACCCAGUGUUUCUUUGACAUCUUCAGCCGAGAGGCUUCAUAUAGUUAACCAGUAUUUUGAGAAAAUGCUUGUGUAUAAUCGCCAAUGCUUGGUUUUCAGUGCUGCUGCCUUUUUAUACGAGUCUUGUGUUUUUACCAUUUUUAAUAAAGGGGUCGACCAUGGCAUUUUAACAAAGAACCCCAAAGGAACCAUAACAAGCAAAUCUAGACACUUACUUUUAAAUUCAUUUCUGACUGCUUAAACGUGGAUAUGAUGGUGCUGCAUGGAUCUUGAGCUGUGGCAUCUGCCAGAGUUUGUCAUGGGACAGAAUCUAGAACCAAUCUCUAACGCUUCUCCAUUACGUGCCUAGAAUAUAAAAAAUGCUCCCUGCCAGGACUUCUUGUAAGUUGACAGAACGGUGCCUUUUGUCUCCGUGUCAAAACUAAUCGCAGUUUCAGUCAGCUAACUGAAGGGCAGGAGGUUGAGUGAACAUGGGAGCUGAGAUCAUUAGUGAGUUCACUUGCUACCCUAGGGAAACUUUAACCACAGUAAUCCAUUUAGCAGCUGUAUCUUGCCUUCAAAAGAAAGGUGAUUAAUUAUUGAUCACAUCCAAUUGAAAAUAAAAAUCAUGUCAUUUGAUUUUCUCUGGACCUCCGUUCCUGUAAGACAUGUAGUUUGUGUUCAGAACUGGGUACAAUUUGUCCAACGUUAAUUAUUUGUAUUUUCAGUCUUGCGACUAGUUUAGUGUGCUUACUAGAAAUGUGGUAGCUCCCAGAAUGCAGUGAAUUAACGUUUUUUUCAUUGAAGGCCCGCGUUCUUUAUGCAGAGUGCUGUAGAAACUGUUGGUUGCCACCUGCAGAACUUCCAAUGAAAUGCCCACUUUGUCAGGUUACCUUUCUAUUACAGUGAUGGGCUUUGCUGUUUUGAUUGCGAUGUCUCAGAUUCUUCAAAUACAUUGGAUUAUAUUACAUGUAAUGCGUUCCAUAUGUUUAGCAUGUCUGCAUCCAAAGGGUUUAUAUACAACUUGCCUGUUCUGUGAAUACGUAACAAUAAAGAUCACUUCCUUUAACACA